UCCGCCCCGACGGCCAUCUUGGAGGCUCCGGAGGCGGUGCCGCGCAGGACAGAGCGGAAGUGCUCGGCUGGCCCUUCCCGGACCGUGCGAAGCGCCGGCGCGGCCGCCUGCCCGCGUCCUCCUUCCCGCGGCCCUCGGAGACCGCGCUCGGCCGCAGGGAGCGGCGAGUUACAGAAUGUCCGAAGGUGACAGUGUUGGAGAUUCUGUCCAUGGGAAACCUUCUGUGGUGUACAGAUUUUUCACAAGACUUGGACAGAUCUAUCAGUCCUGGCUAGACAAGUCCACGCCUUACACAACCGUGCGAUGGGUGGUGACACUGGGCCUGAGCUUCGUCUAUAUGAUUCGAGUUUACCUCCUGCAGGGCUGGUACAUCGUGACCUACGCCUUGGGGAUCUACCACCUCAAUCUUUUCAUAGCCUUUCUCUCGCCCAAAGUGGACCCUUCCUUGAUGGAGGACUCAGAUGAUGGCCCCUCAUUACCAACCAAACAGAACGAGGAGUUCCGGCCCUUUAUUCGAAGGCUUCCAGAGUUUAAAUUUUGGCAUGCGGCGACCAAGGGUAUCCUCGUGGCCAUGGCCUGCACCUUCUUUGAGGCUUUCAAUGUCCCAGUGUUCUGGCCCAUCCUGGUGAUGUACUUCAUCAUGCUUUUCUGUAUCACCAUGAAGAGGCAAAUAAAGCACAUGAUAAAGUACCGGUACAUCCCGUUCACGCACGGCAAGAGGACGUACAAGGGGAAGGAGGACGCAGGCAAGACGUUUGCGAGCUAGGUGCUCGGCCGGACCCAUCACAGAGUCUGAGGACGGUUCUGAGCCAUUGUAACAAUGCCUUCUUCCUUCACAUAAAGUAGUUGAUUUCGA